GGACAAUAGAAACACUUCCAGGUUGCUUUACAUACUUCCUUCCACUGCCACAUUGUUCUAUCAUUGCAUUGCGUUGCACCGGCACUGACACCGACACUGGCAAUUGUUCGUUUGCCUUGCUCUAUUAUCCUUUUACCAGCCAAAAGCACCUUAGUUGCUGUGGAGUAGACGCUCUCUUUUGCUUUAUUUGUCUUUGGCUAUCUCUUUCAACUUGUAGUCAGCUCUUUUAUCCCAAGUUGCCCCGACUCUUUACUCUCCCAACCCUUACAGCCUCAGCCCUUGAACCCAUAAUCACGAAGAUAGCACGGGUCUCAAUCUUCUGGCAUCUUUUCUGAAGCCUGCAGAACCAUUUUUGUAAAUAUCAGAUACCACUUACACACAACCGCAACUAUUUGCAAUGGCUGCCAACGAAGCAGCGGCCCUUGCAAACAUGGCCAACCGACCCGACCGACGCUCUCCUGCUCCCGCUUCCCAAUCAAAAAGAGAUCGCAAGCGACAAGCUCUUAUAGAGAGACUCUCUAGCAUGACCGAUAAGUUCCAUCGGGAAAGGGACAUGACAUAUCGUGAUCAGCUGCAGAAGAUCCAGUUUGACAUCAAUCUCGUACAGCGCUUCGACCCUUACGAUCCGAAGGUCCUUGAGGUCAUCUCUGGACUCCAGAAGGAGCACACCAACACACAAGGACCUCCGGUCAACGCCGAAGAUGCCCGAAGCUUGCUUGAUAUGGCUGGUAUCCGAUUCUCUGACUUCGUCGACGAAGUCGAGGAUUUGGUGGAAAUUCGUGAUUUUCAGCUGGCGCAGUCAAAAAAUGAAUACGACCGACGACGAGAAGAAUAUAGAAACACUUACGAUUACAAGGUUGAAACCGCCAAGCGCGAGCACCGAGCCCUUACCAGCACCCUUCGAGACCGAUUGGUCAAUACCCUCACCCACAAGAAGAACCGGUUGAACCGCGAGAAAGAGGUUCUGGAGAUUAAUGAUUCCAAUGCCUUGCUACUCAACCCCAAUCAGUUCAGCUUGACCAAUCCUGCGAGCCCCAGUGGUCCUCACGGAAAGCGAGCCACACGUCUGCGCAAGGACGCCGACGAUCUGCAGAUGUAUUCCGACAACAAGAAGCGCAAGCGAAACGGCGGCGAUGAUGACGGCUCACCUGCCCCGACAAGACGAGCCCUCGAUAACCACAACACUACACCUCUAUGGCAGUCUGAAAAGGCUCGUGCUGCUGCUAAGCAGAACGGACCUAUCUACAGCAUCGACAAGCUUUUCACCGACAAGGAGCUUUCGCUCAAUUAUAACGCUGCUGCCCUUGCUGCGCACCAGUACAUUCUUCGCAAUCGUGUUAGCGGCGGCGGCUCUCCCGAAGACAGCGAUUCCGGCAACGGUGAAGCCAAUGGCGACCAGGACGCCGAUUCUCAACCUUCUGCCCCAGCUAUGGAGCGCUCCGUCUCGCACGCCACCCGCAGCACUCGUGGCGGUAAUUUACUUGACGACAAGAUUUUAGGUCUUGAGGGUAUCACCAAUUUUGAAGUUCACAACUUGGAUCUCCUCCACGCCCACGAACCCCCCAAGAUGCCUCCUCCGGUUCCCCAGCAAUACCUCAAGCCAUACCCUCGUACAGCAGACCAGAACUUCCCUGUGCCCCUGUCCAACGACGAUAUCACUUCCGAUCUUACGAUUAUGGGUUUCUUCAAGCAAUACGACGCAGCGCACAAACCUGGAGCUCACCUUGAUCGCCCAACUGGAAUGCGCCGAGUUCUCGCUGCUGUAUCAAUACCUUACCAGCAUUCACGAUAUGUCGCUUUUACUAGCGCCCCUAGAGAAGACCCUGAAUUUGUUCGCGAUUCAUUGGGUCUACCAGCUCUCAGCAGCCUUCGAGACCAGCCAAGCCCAGCACAUGCUGGCGCAGCUACUUCAGUGGCAGCCCUGUCCAGCGCCGCCGUGCCUAUGAGUCGCCAGAGCAGUGCCGGCGGAGUUGCCAUGAGCCGCCAGGGUAGCAGCAGUACGCGUGGCAAGGGACGUAAGAACUAGAAAUUCUCGCGGCGCAAAUGACCCCCUUUUUAUAGUAUUGCAAGCGCGGCGCAAGGGCAUAGCAUCGAUUUGGCUUACGGCAGCAUCUGAUUCAAUAGAAGUCCGAAAGACUACAGCAGCAGUCGGUGUGGGGUCCGUUAAUGGGCUCGUUUUACUCAAGGCUUGUGGAUAAAGAAACGAGCUGAAUCAUCAGCAAUGGAUAUUGUUUUUUACUUUAUGUUUUUUCUCUCUCUCUUUUAUUAGCAGGCUGAGACUUGAUGAAUAGAAGUAGAAAUGUCAUGCUUGUUAUAUCAAAUUGACAGCGACUGGAUCAACACAUGAUGAUAUCAUAAACUCCAAUGCCAUGCUCUCUCCCUUUCCCUUCCAAACAACGCAUCUUCAAGGACCAAAUACCAAUGCGCGCACCUCGAUACUCUCACGACCUUCCGCAUCAGCCCGGGUCCUAGGAUCUUCAAAAGCAGUAUGCGGCACACGACCCUUGAUAUUAGAUCCCGGCUUGAGAGAUUCGCUAUCGAAGCACUCCAGCAACAGCCUCUCGCUGCCCGUCAUACCACUGAGGUAGUACCACUUCUGCUUGGGAUUGUGCUGAAUCGCUGCAGUCCAACCGCGGUACCCAUCUGGGUAUCGGUGCUCAACAGGGAUGACGUCGUCGUCUUCGACAGAAGCAGAGGAUGCAACAGCCAGAGGAAAAGACUCGAGGGGCUUCUUGUUCAGAGGUCGCCAGACGUUGAUGAGACGAUAGCGACGCUUGAGAAGCUCAUCUGCCUCAUCUGGGAAGUAUUUGCGAACUCGCUGAGCUACAGCCGCAGCUGUUUGAUCAAUGUGUACACGAGUCACAGGCGCACGAGGAGCAUUGGGUGUUUGACGGCGAAUAGUGUGAUCAAAGAAGAAGACCCUGUUAGAGCCAGGAACGUUCUUGAGGAGAAGCUGUUCAAGCUCUGGGUAGUAGUUCUCCUUGAUAGAGUCAUCAUCGACAAAGUCGAUCUCGCUGGAGGGCGGAACAUCCUGUAUGACUUGGAAAGCAUCACGGUCUAGGUGAUACUCGGGCUCAUGACCACGGAUGUCGUGUAUGACAGUUGGUUGAGGGUUGUCUGUGAAGUUGCGUUGAGGAAGACCCUUGGGGGGGGUAUCGACGUGGUUAUAGGGAGUUGAAUUGUCGGAGGGAGGAUUGAAGAAGUUCAGAGUUGCUGUGACGUCGCCACGGGGAAUAUUUGAAGAGACGGCCAUUGUCAAGACUUAUAGGACUUGGUGUGUCAAUUGGAACAGAAUAUAGAGAAACUGAUGCGAGUUUGCACAAUAGCGAUAAUGGUAGAGAUAUCAAAUGUGAUGAUUUUAAUCUGGGGUUUGAAUCAAUAAAGAUGCUCUCUGCAACAAGUCGAAGUCGCUUCCUUUCCAGCCCUUUAUACUUUUCAUCUGCACUUAGAG